UGUUGGGCCUCAGUCAUGCUAACAAAUGGCAGAGAAGAGGUGAUCAAAUCCUGUGUCUCCCUCCCAGAGCUCAAUGCUCAAGUCUUCUGUCACAGCUCUAACAACAUUACAAAGACUGAAUGCUGCUUCACAGAUUUUUGCAACAAUAUUACCCUACACCUCCCAGCAGCAUCUCCCAAAUUGCAAAAACUAGGACCAGUGGAGCUGACCAUAAUUAUUACCAUACCAGUUUGCCUUUUGUCCAUUGCUGCAAUGUUGACUAUAUGUACCUGUCAAGGACGUCAAUGUACUUAUAAAAAGAAAAAGAGGCAAAAUGUGGAGGAACCAUUAAAUGAAUGCAACUUAGUAAAUGCUGGCAAAACUCUUAAAGAUCUUAUUUGUGAUAUGACUACAUCUGGGUCUGGAUCUGGUUUACCUUUAUUGGUCCAGAGGACAAUUGCAAGGACAAUUGUACUUCAGGAAAUAGUAGGAAAAGGUAGAUUUGGUGAAGUAUGGCAUGGCAGGUGGUGUGGAGAAGAUGUGGCUGUGAAAAUAUUCUCUUCAAGAGAUGAAAGGUCUUGGUUUCGUGAGGCAGAAAUCUACCAAACAGUUAUGCUGCGACAUGAAAACAUCCUUGGUUUCAUUGCUGCUGAUAAUAAAGAUAAUGGAACUUGGACUCAGUUGUGGCUUGUAUCUGAAUACCAUGAGCAGGGCUCUUUAUAUGACUAUUUAAAUAGAAACACAGUGACAGUGGAUGGUAUGGUCCGUUUGGCACUGUCAGUAGCCAGUGGUAUGGCCCACCUACAUAUGGAGAUAGUUGGUACCCAAGGCAAACCUGCAAUUGCUCAUCGAGAUCUAAAAUCAAAGAAUAUUUUAGUGAAAAAAUGUGAAGCCUGUGCCAUUGCAGACUUAGGACUAGCUGUGAAGCAUGAUUCGGCCCUGAACACAAUUGACAUCCCUCAAAAUCCCAGAGUGGGAACAAAGAGGUAUAUGGCUCCUGAGGUGCUCGAUGAUACAAUGAAUAUGAAUAUUUUUGAAUCCUUCAAACGUGCUGAUAUAUAUUCUCUUGGUCUUGUGUAUUGGGAGAUAGCACGGAGAUGUUCAGUUGGAGGAAUCACUGAAGAGUACCAAUUGCCUUUCUAUGACAUGGUGCCUUCGGAUCCCUCAAUAGAAGACAUGAGGAAAGUUGUUUGUGAACAGAAAUAUAGACCAAAUAUACCAAACCAGUGGCAAAGCUGUGAGGCACUCCGGGUAAUGGGUAGAAUAAUGAGGGAGUGUUGGUAUGCAAAUGGAGCAGCUCGCCUGACAGCUCUGCGUAUUAAGAAGACCAUUUCUCAACUUUGUGUAAAAGAAGACUCCAAAGUAUAA